ACAGAACCGCGACCUGGACCACUUGGCUCUAGGUCACGCCCACCCAGCGACUCCAGUGCUGAGGACCCAAGACCGAGCUGUGCCGGCUCUAGGCCAGAACCGCGCUACGCUCUCGCGAGAGCUUUCCACCCGCCGCGAGUCUCCGUGAGCACUAGUUCCCGUCUCCUAUCUCCGCUCGCCCACAGGCCGUUGUCUCGCCGCCGGCUUCCUCCGCUACCGCGGGGCGGGCCGGAACUUUUGUCCAUAGGAACGGGUUUCCACUGUUGACUGUUGCCGGCCGGCGUCAAGGAGAAUAGGGUGCCAUCCUCUUCCUCUCGCCGUCGCUGCCGCGGAGCGGAGCCGAGCUGAUUUGAUCGGGGAGCGUGGUUACCGGACGGGCUGGGUCUAUGGUCGCUCCGCGGGCCGCUCCGCCGGCUGGUGCUUUUUUAUCAGGGCAAGCUGUGUUCCAUGGCAGGGAACUUUUGGCAGAGCUCCCACUAUUUACAAUGGAUUUUGGAUAAACAAGAUCUAUUGAAGGAGCGCCAGAAGGACUUGAAGUUUCUUUCAGAAGAAGAGUAUUGGAAAUUACAAAUAUUUUUUACAAAUGUUAUCCAGGCAUUAGGUGAACAUCUUAAGUUAAGACAACAAGUUAUUGCCACUGCUACAGUCUAUUUCAAGAGAUUCUAUGCCAGGUAUUCUCUGAAAAGUAUAGAUCCUGUAUUAAUGGCUCCUACAUGUGUGUUUUUGGCAUCCAAAGUAGAGGAAUUUGGAGUAGUCUCAAAUACAAGAUUGAUUUCUGCUGCUACUUCUGUAUUAAAAACUAGAUUUUCAUAUGCCUUUCCAAAGGAAUUUCCUUAUAGGAUGAAUCAUAUAUUAGAAUGUGAAUUCUAUCUUUUAGAACUAAUGGAUUGUUGCUUGAUAGUGUAUCAUCCUUAUAGACCUUUGCUCCAGUAUGUGCAGGACAUGGGCCAAGAAGACAUGUUGCUUCCCCUUGCAUGGAGGAUAGUGAAUGAUACCUACAGAACGGAUCUUUGCCUACUGUAUCCUCCUUUCAUGAUAGCUUUAGCUUGCCUACAUGUAGCCUGUGUUGUACAGCAGAAAGAUGCCAGACAGUGGUUUGCUGAGCUUUCUGUGGAUAUGGAAAAGAUUUUGGAAAUAAUCAGGGUUAUUUUAAAACUAUAUGAGCAGUGGAAGAAUUUUGAUGAGAGAAAAGAGAUGGCAACUAUUCUUAGUAAGAUGCCGAAACCAAAACCUCCUCCAAACAGUGAAGGAGAGCAGGGUCCAAAUGGAAGUCAGAACUCUAGCUACAGCCAAUCUUAAAACAUUCCGAAGAAUUCCGUAGUGGACCACUUGGAAAUAAACCAUUGGACAGAUUUCAGUAAUGUCUUCAAUGGAACACAAAUGAAAAUGAAUAGCUUGUUUCUGUCAAGCAUAUUGGGAAGUGAUUUUAUUUUUGCAAAAUAAGUUUAUUUACCUAAUUUGAUUUUAGUAUAUAACUGAUUAAAUCUGUUGAUUAUAAAAGUUUGGAAAGGUUCUAAGGGGACCUACAGACAGACAUAGAUAUUUCAAAAUUAAUAGCUUUUGAUUAGUAUAAUAUUUCUUAAUUUGGAUAAUAGAAAUUGUAACUUUUUAUUAAGCCAGGAAACAUGGAGCAUAAUUUCUUUAAAAUUCUCUUUGGUCAUUGAGGGACCAGAAAAGGACAUAAAAAGUCAGUAUGUGAGGGGUUUUUUUCCCCCUCCAUACGUUUAACUUUAAAACUGUAUUUAAAGAAUCAAAUUUUACAAAAUCCUGGAAGAUUUUGAUAACGAUGUUGAUAAUUUCAGGGAAAUUAAUCAAGUACCUAUUGAUUUAAAAGUGUAUUUUAUUCAAUAGUUUUGGUAUUUUGCCAUGGAAGAUACUAGCCCCAGCCUAGCAGAAAAGUGCAAUAUGUAUAGCAUACUUUGACAUUUUAAAAGUAAUAUUCCAUAACCAUUUUGAAAUGCUGGGCAAACAGAAGAAAAAAAACCUACGUGAAGUUACUUGCAAUUAAUUCACAGUUAAUCAGGUGUUUUGAAAAUUUAAUUGGAUAAAAACCAUAAUAAGUUUGAAAUCUAGUAAAAUUUUAAUGUUAAUUUUUACUGUGAAAAGUUUUUAAUAAGAUAUACACACCCUAGUUUAAUUUUGUGUCUUAAUGUGGAUUUACAAAUUUACUACAAGUAUCCUGAGCCAGGAACACAAUCAGGUUUCAGGCCAGUUUGAUGCUGGCUGUUCUUAAUUCUCAUAUGAGUGUAGGACUUCAUACUAAAUGUUAUGUCAGUGGGACUGUGCUGUCUGUGGAACUUAAUAAAUUAAUCAUUUUCUUCAGACUUGAAGGAGAGUGAUAACAUUUGGAAUCAUAGGAUAUUGAUGUACAAUUUAAAGAUUAAAAUUUUUUAAUAAACCAAUUGUGGACAAUGGGUUAUUAAAUUAAAUGUUGGCUUCCUAGUAUAAAACUGCAAGAAUAAAAGUAAGUUCUCCAGC